AUGUCGUUUGCUACCAUCAACUCACUGGACCAUCUGGUGCUCACUUGCGCCGACAUUGACAAGACGAUAGCUUGGUACUCCAAGUAUCUGGGCAUGCGCGCUGAGACAUUUGGCACGCAGUCGGCCGGCGACACUUCGUCCACGGCUAAGCAUCAGCAGCGGAUUGCGCUGCACUAUGGGUCGCAAAAGAUUAACUUGCACCAGAGGGGAGCUGAGUUUACGCCUAGAGCUGCUGCAGCGCUUCCGGGGACGGCGGAUCUGUGCUUUGAGGUGGGCGAGGCUGUGGUUAUGGAGGAGUUGCUGGCGGCGCUGCGGGCCGAAGAGGGCGUGGUGUUUGAGGCAGGGGGCGAGAUUGUGCAGCGGACGGGGGCGAAGGGGAAGAUGCGCAGUAUUUAUCUACGGGAUCCGGAUGGUAAUUUGAUUGAAUUGUCCAAGUAUGACUUGAAGUGA